AUGGCAUCAGAAAAAGCUCAAGCAUCAAGACUGGCGAACAGUCGUACUUACGUAGAUAAGUUUGGACAAAUAACGUUGUCUCAAGUUAUGGAGAACCGAGGCAUCGUUAAGAUAAGUCAAGUUGGACAUAUCUUCGCAUUUUUCGUAUUUAGGGCGAGAUUCGUUUUAUUUUUAAUUUUUCGUUACGACGUGGUUUUAGGAGCACAAAAAAUGUGCAUGUGCGAAAGAGAAUGGGGAAGAGAAAGAAAAAUUCUAGUUAGUAAUGUUUAUGUGUUCACACUUACGUAA